AUGGCUGCACUCCCCAUUGCGACUGCACACGACCUGCCCGUCGACGCUGCCUUCACCAAGGGCCUGCCCAAGAUUGAGCUUCAUGCCCACUUAACCGGCAGCAUCAGUCGCGACUGCCUGCACGCCAUCUGGGAGACAAAGAAAGCACGGCAUCCUGACUUCGACCUCGAGGAUCCCUGGCUUGCUAUACCCGCGGGCAAGCUCGACUACGAUAUCAAAACGUUCUUCCCGCUGUUUUCGUCAUACAUCUAUCGCCUUUGCAGUGAUUUGCCGAGCAUCCAGUACUCCACCAGGGCUGUGUUGCAAGACUUCCAGGAUGAUGGGGUAGUAUACGUUGAGCUUCGAACGACCCCAAGAGCGAUCCUCGGAGAAGGCGUUACCAAAGACGACUACGUGAAGACCGUUUUGGACAUACUCAAUGCCCAUAAUGACGAUGCUAACAACACCAUGCGAGCUUUCCUCAUACUAUCAAUCGACCGUCGCAAUAACGUCGCAGAUGCGGAAGAAGUCGUCGAUCUCGCCAUCAAGUAUCAGUCCGCCGGCGUUGUUGGUGUCGACCUAUGCGGCGACCCAGCGAAAGGUGACAUUCGCAUAUUCGGCGACAGCUUCGCUCGGGCAAAGGCUGCCGGACUGAAGAUCACGCUGCACUUUGCCGAGAGCGAAAAUUCUUCCUCGGAUUUGGAGUUGCAAACACUCUUGUCAUGGCAACCUGACAGACUGGGCCACGUCAUACAUGUCAAAGAUGAGUUUAAGAAGACCAUCGAGCAGCACGGAAUCGGCGUUGAGCUGUGCCUCAGCUGUAACGUCCAUGCUAAGAUGAUCACGGGCACUUACUCGGACCACCACUUUGGAGUGUGGCGACAUAGCAGUGUUCCCGUCGCUCUGAGCACGGAUGAUGCCGCGUCGCCAAGCACUACUCCGACAAAUUCACAAGCUGCCUCCGCGGCGCCCAUUGUAGUCCCCAACGUCGACGCGGACAAGAAUUUCGUGAUCGGCAAUACUUGUGACCCCGAUCAAAAGAACAUCAUCAAAACCGCCUUUGUCGGGACUGGCACGUUGGCCUUUUAUGGAAAGCUAGAUUGGUCAAAUGCCAAUCUUGAACAAGACCCACCCUUCGUCGAGUAUCUUGGUACUAGCGCUAUUCCAAAUGCUAGCACAGUCGAGAGCGUGUUUAAGGACUAUUCAAGCGCGACCGUGAGUGCUGCUUGGAAGAUCAAUGCGGUUUGCGACAUCAAGAACGAGACAGCGGCAUGUCAAAGUAAACACGUGUAUGGCGGCAUAGGCAGCGAAGGCCCCCGGGUGGAUCUCAAACCUAAUCUCUACUUUUGUUGGGAGUACUUCCGAUUCCCUCCUCUGAAUGAGGCAGUACAGAUGGGUCUGAGCGAUUCAGUCGACUGGACGCGCCGGCUCAAUAUGGGCUCUUAUCAUGAGAACCAAGCUUCCGCACUCUUGCGAGCUUUGCUCUACUAUCUCCCACAACGAGAGGGCUGGAACCGGCAUAUCUCCAACCUGUGGGUGUACAUGCGAUAUGCGGGUGGGGCGAGCAAAUGGACAGCUUGCUAUGGUGUAUACUGCACUAAGCUCCUAGCUCAGUUGGCCGACAGUGAAACAUGGAGCAUUCUUAAUGCCGAUAACUAUGCUCUUUUUGCGUUGCAGAACGCAGAGAGUGAUUCCCAGUGGUAUUACGACGUCGAGCGAUACCAGAAGACAGACAUUUUGGACUUCAAGGAUCAACUUCCAAAAGAAUCUCAGGCUGAUCUAGAGAAUGCGCCCUGGUCUUUUGGCGCCACCACAUCCGAUUUCAAAGCACUUCGUGACAAGUUCCUGAAGGUGUUCAACGAAGCAAAACAGAACGGCAUGUCCAACCUGGGUGCAUCAAAAGAAUACACAUGUUUUCGCGAAGAUAAAGCCGCGUUCCCGGACGCCAUAGCCUUUACAUUUGACGAAGUGCAGAGUGAAUUGGACAACUUUUGUAAGAACAAAGUCAACGACUACAUGCUCGCUGGCAAGCCUCUACAUCCGCGCAUCUUCCAAAUCGAUAAGGAAGUCGAGUUGUAUACACAAGUCCCGGAUGGUACAAAGGAUCUGGUCUACUAUGUCUCCCCAGGCCCUGAUAGCUUCAUGACAGGGAAGAACUUAUCUGUAUAUUUCGAAGGAAUACAAUCUGACGAGAAAGCUUCGCAUUGCAUAGCAACAUACAACGACCUCAUUACACAUUGCGAUGGAGGAGACAGUGACGACAAAUAUGGUGGCUAUCUCAAAAUCAACGACAUGAUCUUCGCCGUAGGCGCUAUGACGCCUCCAUCAGCCCACUGGGACAUACCACGGACCUUAGAAUCCAAAUGCACGGAUUACAAUGCCACGAGCGCAUGGCGGGUCGCACCCUUUAUCGAUAUCAAUGAUAGCGAACGUACGGAGCGGCUCUCGGACAACUAUGCUCUUUUUGCCCUAUCCAACUAUGUAUCGCAGGCUAUCGGCGGCACAGUUCCUUACUUCCCUAGAAUUGAUGAUGAUCCAUCUUACGGUAAAAUGGUCGUUCCUUUCAAUGACGAAGAAUCUGCCCAAAUCCAAGUAAAAGGCUGGUUCCACUGGCGCGGACUUUCCCAGCCGAACUACGACCCUUCUCUACUACAACCCGAUAAAGCUGAAUUCGAUAUUGGGACUGAGCUUGACGAAGAACGGAAGGCCGAUAUACUAAGCGCCCCGUAUUACAGAGAUCUCCCAGACGAGUCCGUAAGGGGCAAGGAGGACUCAUGGAUCGGUACCUUUGUAGACGCCCACAAAGACCAACUCCUCAAUACGGAUGCAACGUCCGACCGUACCUGCUUCGGUGAAGGCCAUGCCCAGUACCCAAAUGCUAAAGAAUUCGACGGAGAGGAGGCAGUUGGCUUUGCCCAACAGUUUUGUGAAGACAUCAUCCAUACUUGGGACCCAUCAACCCCAAUUCCACCAUCUGUGCGCGAUACCGCGGAUUUCCGUAACGCAAGUAGGGCGUACAAACUUACAAAAACAAACGCCGACUCGCAUGUUGGAUUCUUUGCGGUCGCUGAUCCUGCGUUGUUCAUACAAGCUCGAACCACUUGGCACUUUUUUGAAGGAGCUACGGACGACGACAAAGUCGACCACUGUCGCUUGACUUACAAGGAUGUCAUACGCAAUUGCGAUGCGGAUCCCACCAAAAGACGUGGUGGCGUGCUCAAGCUCAACGACCGCCUCUACGGCGUCUAUGUCACACCGGACGAGCGAGAGGAUAAACUUCCCUGGCUCACAGAUUACACUGCUCUCGGUGAUCUCAAGUGUGCGAAUUACAAUGACACAAGCAACUGGCAUAUACAAACAUCCAUCGAAGGUACAUCAAAGACAAAGUUGCCUGUUCAAAUAACCGAGCGGGAAAAAUUGAGUAACAUCUGCUCAUGCUGGUACUCUGCUUUUCCGUUCACCUUCGAUCUGUUUUGUAAAGGUUCCGCAUCAAAGUGUGAGGAUUUGGCGAAGGACGACAAGAGGAAAGCGGCGCUUUGGGAUGAUUUUGCGUGUGCAUUGUAG